AUGGACUCACCAACUUCACCAACACCAGUCGAGGAACAGCGACAACCUCUUGAUUGCCCAGAUGUAUCUCAAUUAUCUUCGCCAUCAUUUGAUCACAGGAUAAAUUUGCCUCCCACUCGCUGCCUUAUCAAUUUCGAGCCACUCAGGCAACCCAACACAGCAUAUCAACAUGACCAAGACUCGCUGGUUUGGGGACAGCAGCAAUCUUUUGAUUCCCCAGAUGCGACACAAUUAUUUCCACUAGCAUUUGGUCAUAGAAGAAAUUUGCUACCCGCUCGCCGCCUUAUCGAUUUUGAGCCACUUAGGCAGCCAAACGCUACAUAUCAACAUGGCCGAGACUCGCCGCCUUGGGGGCAGCAGCAACUUCUUGAUCCCCUAAUUGCAUCUCCAUCAUCUCCGCUAUCGGUUGAUCAUGGAGGACAUUUGCUGCCCGCUCGCCGCCUUAUCGAUUUCGAGCCACUUAGGCGACCCAGGACUAGAUAUCAACAUGGGCGAGACUCUCCGGUCUGGGGACAACCCCUCGAUUCCCCAGACGCAGCAGAGUUGGAUAAGCCAUCAUUUCAAUCUGACGACCCUUUCCUACCAGCUCCUCGUCUUAUCAAUCUUGAGCCACUCAGACAAUCUAGCGCAACACCUCGAUGGGGCUCGCCGGAUUGGGGGAGAGAGCCAUUUUUUAAAUUGCCAGAUGCAUCAGGAUCGUUUCCGCGAGAAUGGUAUGCGCCAGAAUUUCAGAUUGUCUACUCCAACGGGUGGAUUAAUGCGAUACCCGUUCGUCCUUUGGGCUAUGAAUGGCUCAUGCUACCCGUCCAGCCCUCUCAAUACGACAGAGACUCGCUCGUCAGCGAAGAUUCCGAACCCCUAUCCAUUAAUGGACCUGAUUUAUUUCAAGAUCCUCGCAAAUCCAAAUGGCUAAGGGCCCAUCACAGAUCGAUGUCAAUUGAGCGUGCCUGUAAGGCCUGGGCAUAUGAGUUAAGAAACAGUGUCCCAAACUCAGAUCCAACCGAUGUCGACACCAAGAGCCUCUUCGGUUCACUUGAAAGAUUAGAAAUGAGCUUUGUGCAGAAUCAGCCAGGGAUAGAGGCACCACAAGAAUCAUUUGUUAAACAGCUACCCAAACGGUACGAAAUUAGUAAGAUGCGUCAAGACGAUCUGGAAUCGGAAACCUCCGAAGACGUCGAGGAUUUGCCUUUUUGGCUUAGACCUUGGCUGGGUAUUCGUUUACCGCCGGGUAUGGUAGACCUGGCGGCGCCCCGCAUCCCGCAUUAUCUGGUGCGUAAACUUGCAGAUCCGCAAAGGUUUCUCCCUUCAAAGCUUUCGUUCAAGAAGAAUUUCCCUUUCAGAAAUGUCCUUCCAAAGAAAGGCCAAAUCGGCCUCCAUCCAGCUUUCCGUACUGCCGCACCAGAAGACAUUCUAAAGGCAGAAAGGGAGCUCGAACUUGCCAAAGAACGUCGGUUCCUAGCUCCGGAGGAAGCAUGGAGGUCUCCAAUUAUAAAUGACUUCUUCAGCAGCAAUUCUGGGAGAGAGUCCCUGUGGGAAUAUCCGCUGGUCUCAGUUUCUGACUGUGGAAGUCUCACCGACGAGCUCGAAGGUCUUGACCAGUUGAUGCCGGAAUAUCCGCUGACCUCGGUUUCUGACCGUGGAAGUCUCACCAACGAGCUCCAAGGUCUCGACCAGUUGAUGCCAGAAACCUACAGUCGCAGUGUCAAUGGAGGGAGCUUCAUAUCAGUGCUGUUCGACCAAGCCGAGGCAUUCUCCGAUGUAGACGAAGCCACAAUUUUGUCGGACCAAAUCGAGGCAUUCCCCGAUGUAGAUGAAGCCAUAAUGUUUUCGAACGAAUUCAUGGAAUCUCCCGACAUAGGCCCCAUCACAAUGUUCCCUGGCCGAGACAUUGAACUUGACCAAGGCCCAAUAUCUUUGGAUCAAGUCAUGCAAUCCCCCAUCGUAGUCCCUGUCUCGAUGGAACCCCCCGUUGGAGACCAAGCCGCAAUGGCUGAGCAUGUAGGCACGGAGAGUCCAAUUGAAAGCCUGGGGUCAGAUUACUACUUUGGACAAGGCAUGGAAUACCUCACUGGAGACAUAGCCCGAAGACAUUUCCGCAAAGGCACAGAAUCACCCAUCGAGGACGAAGACUCAGUAUAUUCGGUCCUCGAAAUGGCAUAUCGCAAAUCAGACCGUGCCCCAAUAUUUUAUGACCAAGACACAGAACAUCGGAUCGAAGACCAAGACCAAGAGGCAAUAUCUUCCAGCGAAAGCAUCAAAUCAUCACUCGUGUCGCAUGAGGAUCUCCCAAUCAUUAAGUGGUUCUUCGACUACUGGGAAGACAACUCAGAACCAUUGGGCCAGCCCACCUCAUCGAACCAAGUUGAGAAGACCAAAGGAUACUAUAAGCGCAAUAGUGCAGACUUUGCCCAUCUUCCACCUAUUGAUUUUACCAAGUCCUACAAUGACUUCUGCACAACCCAAUUUGGUUCAUUGGUAACCGGCGGUGGCUUCCAAGAUUACAACUCUUCCAACGAACAGACGGUUGAGAAAACGACGGAAGUGACAGAUGAUCCGCUAGAGUCAAUCGAGGUUUACUGGCCUCAAGAUCACGAGGCGCGCAUGCGAGAACUCUUCGCAGAGAUCGAGCUGGAGGGUGCUACACGGAUCUUGACCACGUGGCAAGAAGUGUAUGUAGAGCGAGGGGAAGAGGGGGGGACUGAAGAGGAAGGGGUCCAAGAGAAGCAAGCUGAGACCGCUUUGGAAGACAGCAAAGAAAACAUAGCCCAAGAGCCGGCUGUUCCAUUAGAGCGAAAGAGUUCAAAGGUAAAGAGCUGGUUUGGAGGAUUGACCGCCGAGAGGGAAAAUAGAAAAGAGCGGAGAAAAUCCCAGGGCGCUGAGUUGGAGAUGAAUGGUAAGCAAAUGAGUUGGCUUGGAAGAUUAGCUAGCGCAAGGGAGAAACCAAUGCUGGAAUCAAUGGGAGACAGCAUCGGAUCUGUACCCCAAGGGCCCCCUGAUCUAUUGAUGCGAAAGAAUUCCAAGAGGGUAUCCUGGUUUGGAGGGCCUGCCAAGAAGCAGAAGCAAACCGAGGAAGUAUUCGGGGAUAGCCAGGAGAAGAUAGAGACGGCGCUUACCCAUCCACUGGAGCAAAAGGGUUCGAAACGGAGGAGUUGGUUCCCAGCACAUCUUGCCGAGAAGCAGGAGCAAACGGAGGAAGUGUUUGGAGACCGCCAGGAAGAGAUAGAUCCAGGGAUUGCUCACCCAUUGGAGCGAAAGCAUUCAAAGCGGACAACCUGGUUUGGAGGACAUCCUACUGAGAAAGAGGGACGAACUUCGGAAGAUAGCCAUGGAAUGUUAAUCCAAGGGCUAGUUCAUCCAUUGGAGCGGAAGGGUUCGAAGCGGAGGAGCUGGUUUCCAGGACAUCCCGCCAAGAAGGAACAACAAACUAAACCAGAUUCAGAAGACAACAAGCUAACUCAAGCGUCUGUUGAUCCACUGGAGCGAAAGGGCUCGAAGCGAAGAAGUUGGCUUCCAGGACAUUCUGCCGAAAGGGAGGCACAAACUUCAGAUGAUAACCACGGAAAGAUAAUUCAGGAGAAUGUUCAUCCGCUGGAGCGAAAGGCUUCAAAGCGAAGGAGUUGGUUUCCCGCACAUCCCGCCGGAAAGGAAGAACAACCGCAAAAAGAUUCGGAAGACAGCUAUGGGAAGUCAACCCAAGCACCUGUCCAUCCACUGGAGCGAAAGACUUCAAAGCGAAGGAGCUGGUUCCCAGGACAUCACACCGAGAAGGCAGAACAACCCCAACGGGAUUCAGAAGACAGCUAUGGAAAGUCUACCCAAGCGUCUGUCAAUCUACUGGAACGGAGGGCUUCGAAGCGAAAGAGUUGGUUUCCAAGAAGUUCUACCGACAGGGAGGUACGAACUUCAGAAGAUAGCCAUGGAAAGUCAACUCAAGGCUCUGUUUUUCCACUGGAACCGAAGACUUCGAAACGGAGGAGCUGGUUUGGCAUGGUAUCCCCAGAGAGCAAGGAACGAACCGAAGAUGCUUUGGAAGGCAACGAUGAAAAAGUACCUCAGGAACCUGUUACCCCAUUAGAGCGAAAACGCUCAAAACGUAUGAGUUGGUUGGGAAUAACACCUGCUAAGAAGACCGAACAAACCCACGAAGACUUCGAUGGCAGUAAGGAGGAGAUAAUUCAGGGAACGGCGGAACCAUCAGAGAAAAUGCGAGCGAAGCGGGCGAGCUGGCUGGGAGGGUUGAAUACCCCAGAUGACAAUCACAGCAAAAUAACUCAAGGACCAGCAGAUCAACCACAGCGAAAGCAUAGGAAGAGGGCGAGCUUGUUUGGAUUACCCAGCGAGAAAGAGAAGACCGAGCGGAGAAAUCAAGAGGAGCGGAGGCGGAAGCGGAGCUCUUGGUUUGUUUAA